AUGCCGCAGACGUCUGAGAAUGAGGGCGUUUGUGCCAUAUUCAUUCAUGCUGGAGCGGGUUUCCACAGCCACGAGAAUGAGCAUAAGCACUUGAAGGCCUGUGAAGUAGCUGCGCUCAAGGCCAUGGCAUUCUUAAAGAGUGGUGGCACCGCCAUUGACGCGGUCGAAGCGGCCAUAAUGGUGCUUGAAGAUAACCCAAUCACAAAUGCAGGGUUUGGGAGCAACUUGAACGCGAAAGGGGUGGUUGAAGGCGAUGCCUCGAUUGUCGACCAUCACGGGCUGAGUGGAGCGGUUGGAGCUGUGCCCAAUAUCAAGAAUCCAAUCAUGCUUGCUCGGAAGAUUUAUGAUAAGGCCAAUGUGCAGAUGGGCAUGUCAAGGGUGCCCCCGAACUUCUUGGUCGGAGAAGGUGCCAAGGACUUUGCAUGGGAGCAUGGCAUGGUGGUCAUUCCCGAGGAAGCUUUGAUCUCGCCCGUCGCGCUGGAGCGUUAUCAGGUAUGGGCCGCAGAAGUCAAAGACUAUGAAAAUGAAACCCUCGGCGAAGUGAUUGAUCCCUGGAUUCGCCGUCCUGUCACUCCCCUUGACACUCGCCUUGAGCGUCUCGAGCGUGCUUCUCAACCAGGAGCUCAUCCUGGGAGUGAUACAGCGGAUGAGGAAACUGGAACUCUACCCGAUCCAAGCCAUUUUGCAGAUGUGAAGGGCCGCCCAGGAGCAUCGCUGGAGCAUCAAACUCAGAAAAAGGCCAAGCUCGCAAAUUCGCAUCUACCUGUGCAGCCUGCCUCGCCCGUAUCCUCAUCUCCGGACGGCAGUCCCGAUGGCACCCCCGAUACCGCCGAUAGUGAACAAGACGAGGAGGAUAGCAUCACGGACACUGUUGGCGCCAUUGCCAUUGACAAGUAUGGAAAUAUUGCAGCAGGAUCUUCUUCUGGUGGUAUUGGCAUGAAGCAUCGAGGCCGAAUUGGACCUGCGGCCCUGAUUGGCAUUGGAACCCACGUUAUCCCCCAAGACCCGACUGAUACGGAUGGAACCACAUGUGCAGUCGUUACAUCUGGGACCGGAGAACUCAUCGCCUCGACACUGGCGGCAAGCACCUGCGCGCAAAGGAUGUAUUACAGCCAGAAGAUGGGCAACAAUGGCAUGUUUACCCAGGUGAUGGAAGAAGAAGCCCUCAGAGCGUGGAUGAAAAGGGAGUUUAACGAACACGCUGCCGUGAGUAACAGCGUUCUCUUUGGGGCCCUCGGAGUGGUUAUUGUGAAGAAAAACAAUUACGGCAUCGAACUCUACUUUGCUCACAAUACCGACUCUUUCGCCAUCGCCUCUAUGUCCAGCAAGUUGGACAGGCCGUCUUGUCUAAUGUCGCGUGGCUCACGAGGAACCAUUGCCCAAGGAGGUUGCCGAUACAGGUUUAAAGACAACUGUAAGUUUUACCACCAGGUUGAAGAUAUAAGCUGUGAGUGUUGGUUGACACGGAUAAUUUAA